UUUGCUUUUUCUUUCUUGACCAGGGCAGUGAAGACCCUAUAAAGUCACUUCUGGCAUGAAAAGAAAAUAUCAGUAUCUAGUGAACAUUUAGAAAUUUGGAAACCAAAGUGCAAUACUGAAAGGAAUCCUAUAAGAAGAAGAAAUCCUCUCACGGUGCUCAUUUUGUAGAUCGCUUUUGAUGAGAAAGGAAAAGGAAAGAUUCAAGUGUCCAUAUUUUAAUUAACUGUCAAUAUGGAGGAGAAACCUUAUACAUGUUUUGUGUGUGGAAAGACCUUCACUCAGAGUGGUCAUCUACGGUCCCAUCAAAGGACUCACACUGGGGAGAAACCUUAUAAAUGCCUGGAGUGCGGACAGAGCUUCGCUCAAGGUGGAAGUCUACGUGCCCAUCAAAGGACUCACACUGGGGAGAAACCCUAUAAAUGCCUGGAGUGCGGAAAGAGCUUUACUUGUAAUGGACAUUUGCGUUCACAUCAAAGAACUCACACUGGGGAGAAACCCUAUACAUGCCUGGAGUGUGGAAAGAGCUUCGCUCAUAGUGGAGUUCUGCGUACACAUCAAAGGACUCAUACUGGGGAGAAGCCCUAUGAAUGCCAGGAGUGUGGACAGAGCUUUGGUCAGAGUGGAAGUCUACGUUCCCAUCAAAGGACUCACACUGGGGAGAAACCCUAUAAAUGCCUGGAGUGUAGAAAGAGCUUCACUCAGAGUGCAAAUCUACGUACCCAUCAAAGAACUCACACUGCGGAGAAACCAUAUAAAUGCCUGGAAUGUGGGCAGAGCUUCACUGAGAGUGGAGCUCUAAAUAAACAUAAAAUGAUUCACACUGGGAAGAAACCCUAUACAUGUUUGGAGUGUGGAAAGAGCUUCACUCUGAGUGAAUAUCUACGUUCACAUCAAAGGACUCACACUGGGGAGAAACCCUAUAAAUGCCUGGAGUGUGGACAGAGCUUCACUCAUGGUGAAACUCUACGUUCACAUCAAAAGACUCACACUGGGGAGAAACCAUAUACAUGCCUGGAGUGUGGAAAGAGCUUCACUCAGAGGGGACAUCUAAAUUCACAUAAAAGGACUCACACUGGGGAGAAACCUUAUACAUGCCUGGAGUGUGGAAAGAGCUUCACUCAUAGUGGAACUCUACAAUUACAUCAAAGAACUCACACUGGGGAGAAGCCGUAUGAAUGCCUGGAGUGUGGAAAGAGAUUCACUGGUAGUUCAGGUCUACGAUUGCAUCAAAGGACUCACACCGGGGAGAAACCUUAUAAAUGCCUGGAGUGUGGACAGAGCUUUGCUCGGAGUGAACAUCUACAUAUACAUCAAAAGACUCACACUGGGGAGAAACCACAUACAUGCCUGGAGUGUGGAAAGAGCUUCACUCAUAGUGGAAAUCUACGUUCACAUCACAGGACUCACACUGGGAAGAAACCCUAUAAAUGCCUGGAGUGUGGAAAGAGCUUCACUCGUAGUUCAAGUCUACGUUCACAUCACAGGAUUCACACUGGGAAGAAACCCUAUAAAUGCCUGGAGUGUGGAAAGAGCUUCACUCAGCGUGGAGCUCUACGUUCACAUCAAAAGACUCACACUGGGGAGAAACCAUAUACAUGCCUGGAGUGUGGAAAGAGCUUCACUCAGCGUGCACAUCUGCGUUCACAUCACAGGACUCACACUGGGGAGAAACCCUGUAAAUGCCUGGAGCGUGGAAAGAGCUUCACUUGGAGUGCAGCUCUACGUUCACAUCACAGGAUUCACACUGGGAAGAAACCCUAUAAAUGCCUGGAGUGUGGAAAGAGCUUCACUUGGAGUGCAGCUCUACGUUCACAUCACAGGAUUCACACUGGGAAGAAACCCUAUAAAUGCCUGGAGUGUGGAAAGAGCUUCACUCAGCGUGGAGCUCUACGUUCACAUCAAAAGACUCACACUGGGGAGAAACCAUAUACAUGCCUGGAGUGUGGAAAGAGCUUCACUCAGCGUGCACAUCUGCGUUCACAUCACAGGACUCACACUGGGGAGAAACCCUAUAAAUGCCUGGAGUGUGGAAAGAGCUUCACUUGGAGUGCAACUCUACGUUCACAUCACAGGACUCACACUAGGGAGAAACCGUAUACACGCCUGGAAGGGAAUUGUUAAGGUUACAUUUACAGUGACACCAGAGUUUUUUUCUUAAGAAUGGUGCAUAAUCUAGAAAGAAAAUUUGAACGAUUACUGAAAUAUAUGAUAAUUGCAGGAAGAAUCCUGUAUCCUCAGAGAUAGAAGGAAGAAGGCAUCCCAACUCUAGGAAAUUGAGCAAUAAAGAACCGCAGACUAGCAUAGCGGGGGAACCGGAGUCUGCCGAUUAAGGAGAGAUCUUUGACCCCUUUCAGGAAACAUUGGAACUUUGAAAUCACUUUUUCAUGACAACCUUUGGGGUAUAUGUCAAGUGUAGGAUUUCUGAAUUAGAAGAGUGGUGACAAAGGCAGAAGUGUGCUUAUAUAGGAUUGUCUAAAUGGAGUAAGAUAAUUAGGUUUAAAAAGUAAUGAAUAGAGAGUGCUAGGUUUGUAGAAUUAGACACAUGUCUAAUUUGUUUGUGUGUUUUGUUUGUGUGUUUGUUUCUAAUUUAGUUUUGUACUUUGUUGUAGUAUUGAGUUAGUUAGCUGUAUUGUCGUGUCAGGAGUGUCCUGUUGUGAGAGAAUGGGCCGUCUGCAAGGAUGUUGCCCAGGGGACGCCCGGAUGAUUUUGAUGUUUUAUCACCCUUGUGGGAGGCUUCUCUCAUGUCCCCGCAUGAGGAGCUGGAGCUGAUAGAGGGAGCUCAUCCGCCUCUCCCCGGAUUCAAACCUGUGUCCUGCCUGCACAGGGCUUUAACCCACUGCACCACCGGGGGCUCCGUUAGCUGUAUUAUUAUAGCAUUAUGCAUUACAACAUUUCUUUUUUUCUUUUUGAGAUACUGCUUUUUACUUUAAAAAAUUUAAAUAGUUUCUAAAAAGGUGGCAAAUUUAGAAAGCUUAAAAAUGCUGAAACUGGAGUCACUGAUAGACCUGGUUUUAGGCCAUAAUGAGGUUUAUUGUGUCAUUUAUUUUGUCUUUUAAGGUUUGGAGUUGAUUGUUUUCCUUUGGUACAGGGAGCGCACAACUCCCUUGUCGCGCCAGCUCCACUGGCUGCCAGUUCACAAUUCAAAGCACAAUUCAAAGCGCUGGUCUUAACCUACAAAACCCUAUACGGUUCCGGCCCGGUUUACCUGUCCGAACGUAUUCUCCCCUAUGAAGCAUCAAGGCCGUCAAGGCUCUCGUUCCCGCCACACUCGCAAUCGCGUCUGGUGGGAACGAGAGACAGGGCCUUUUCUGUGGUGGCCCCUCGACUAUGGAACUCCCUCCCAAUUGAGAUCAGAUCUGCCCCCUCCCUCCUGACAUUUAGGAGGCUAGUGAAAACCUGGCUAUGGAACAAAGCAUUUCUAGAAUAAUGGCUGAGACUGACUACAGACCAAGUUAUUGAUCACAUGCGGACUGAGUUGCAUAUGAUUUUAUUUUUACAGUUUGGCUUCCAUGUAUUUUAUAUAUAAUUGUAUUUUAAUCUU